AUGUCAACUCACUACCACGGAUCCCCACCGUCAAGCCCGCCAUUCACCAACAGCGACUUCACUGGAUUUGGAUCGUCCCGGUCAGUCAUGGACAUGCCCGUAGAAGGAACCAAGCUCGCCCCAAGGAUCUUCAAGGGAGACCCAGCGGAUGUUGAGGUCUUCCUCCGUAGGUUUGAACGACUCGCCAUGCGUCAUAGCCUGACUGAACAGGAAAGAUGUGAGACUGUAGUCGACUAUUGCAGCAAGGUGGUCCGUGAAACCAUUGAAGGUUUUGCCGCCUACCGUCAGAACGAUUGGGCCCAGCUCAAAGCCAACAUCAGAAUCUACUGGAAUGCGGACCUGGAAUCAAAGCGCUUCCGCAUCCGUGACCUGCAGGCCUUUACUGCCCGGACCAGAAAGGAAGCUAUCCUCGAGCUACGUCAGUGGCGUAGGUACCUCAGAAGGUUCAUCCGCAUUGCCGGCUGGUUGCUGGGCCAGAAAAAGCUCUCAGACACCGAUUACGCAUAUUUCAUGUGGACAGGCCUACCAUCGUCUUUCAGAAGAAGACUGGAAGCCCGCCUACUUUUGGAAGACCCACACCAUGACAUGUCCGAGCCGUUCAACCCAGAUAAUAUCAGGAAUGCUGCUGAGGCGCUCCUUGGUGUUGACAGGUUUGACACGGAACGACUAGGGACAGAAGAUUGGUCCGAAGAAGACACCGAGGAUGACUUUGAUGACAAACAGGAGGCCCGCAACCGAGCCCUCCUCCAAGGAAAGAAGACGCGCCGAAAAGAAGAGUCAUGGAAAAGACUCUUUGAAGAAGAUACCGAUGAAAGCGACACUGAAGAACUUCUCCCGCCAAGACAGGAGGAGCCCCGAACCCAGGACCACCCAAAGACACCUGAGCCACGAGGCAAGAAGGCUACCAAGCAGAAAUACGAUGAGGACCAGGAGUUUACCCAGAUGGUAGACAAGAUGCAGCAGCUGUCACUCGAUGACCCACAGUAUGGUUUCCUGUAUCUAAAGGUCUGCCAGCUUCGACCAUUUGCAGAACAGUGCCUCCCAAAGCCAGUCUUAGCACCAAAGCCAGCACCAAGACGGGACCCACCAAGAGACUCACCGCCACACAUUCUCCGGCCAGAUCCUGGACGAUUUCAGCAAGAUCGUUACCGACAGAACCCCCCACCGCCAAUGAACAGUAACUGCUUUGGAUGCGGAGAGGCUGGUCACAUGUUCCGUGAGUGCCCUUCCAUGGCCGACUUUAUGAAGAAGGGUCAUGUCAUGAGGGAUUAUCGCGGACGAUACAUCCGCAGUGAUGGGUCACCCAUUCGACGCAAUCAGGAUGAGACAUGGGUACAAGCAAUCCGUCGCAUGAUCCCAGGAGUUCACUUCAUCUCGUAUGGUGGACGUAUCAAUCCUGAGGACGAGGAACCGCUUCUACAGGCUGAAGAAGAUGGAGAAGAAGAGGAAGAAGAAACCGCAGAUGUCAUGGUCUACCCAGUCGAACGGUCUCAGCGUGAGACCAGAAGCUACCGAAGGCAGGCAUUUGAUGGAGUCAAGACUCCGCAGAUGGAUAAAACCAAGCAAAAGGACCAACCAAGAAAUCUGCAGCCAGCCAUCCAAGGACCCACUCGAUUCCCCAUGCAACGGCUCACCCCUGUUGAAACACAGCAGCCCACGUUCAACCCAAACAAUGAUAUUGAGAUGGUAGAAGACCGGACCCAGACCCACCGAGCAAGACAGUCACCUCCUCAGUCACGGGUCCAGUCUCAGCCUCAACCCCAACCACAGAUGACCCUGAAGCAACCACAACAACAGCAGUUGGAGCGUAUCAAGCCGCCGCCUCGCCUGUCUCAGCUGAGCAAGGAGGUGAGUUCUGACACCAUCCUGAACAAGAUCCUUGACUCUACACUAAGCAUGACCGUACGCGAAGUGGUAGGCGUCUCGAAAGAUGUUGCAGGACGACUCCAGGACAUCCUGAAAGUCCGGAAGGCAGAGUUUGUACAGCUACCAGCCACAAACCUAGUCACUGCUCACACCGGAGCCCUCAUCCGUGUAGAAGUCGAGUGUAACCACAAACCAGUCUCGUUCAUUGUCGACACGGGUUCCCAGUUGAACAUCAUCAGUGAGAAGGUAUGCAAGAACAUCAUUCGUCGGCCAAUUAACACGAAUGAAGCCAUCUCAAUGAACGACGCGAACGGAGGAUCAGGAAGGCUGCUCGGACUCAUUGAAAACGUACCCAUCCAGUUUGGAUUUGUCAAAACACCGAUCAAUGCCUACGUAGCAGAAAACCCACCAUUUGAUGGACUACUGGGAAGGCCCUGGCAGAAGGCUCACAAGAUUGGAAUUGAGGAACGAGACGAUGGAACAUACCUCACCUUC